AUGGAAAUAACUCGGGAUGAAAGAGGGCAAACUUUGGUGUCACAAAAAAGAUUUGGAGAAGGUACUACAACGUUUGGUAUGUCGAAGGUACAAAACACUGUAAGUACCCCACUUGCUCCUCAUUUUAAACCGAGUAACCGAUUAUCUCCAACGACUAAGGAAGAACGAGAGUACAUGGCAAAAGUCCCAUAUGCAAAUGCAGUUGGAAGCUUGAUGUAUGCAAUGGUAUGUACGAGACCAGAUAUUUCACAGGCUAUUAGUGUUGUUAGCAGGUACAUGCAUGAUCCGGGCAGGGGUCAUUGGCAAGCUGUGAAAUGGAUUCUGCGGUAUCUCCAAAAUACCAUAGAUGUCGGAUUGACAUUCGAGCGGGAUGAAUCACUUGGUCAAUGCAUAGUUGGAUAUUGUGAUUCUAAUUAUGCAGGUGAUUUGGAUAAGCGACGAUCUACAACUGGCUAUUUGUUUACUUUAGUAAAAGCGCCAGUUAGUUGGAAAUCUACCUUACAGUCCACGGUAGCUUUGUCUACAACAGAGGCAGAGUAUAUGGCAAUUACAGAGGCUGUGAAGGAAGCAAUUUGGCUUCACGGAUUGCUUAAAGACUUGGAAGUUGGUCAGAAACAACUUAAGGUAUAUUCUGACAGUCAGAGUGCUAUUCAUUUAGCAAAGAAUCAAGUCUUUCAUGCACGAACGAAGCACAUAGACGUUCGCUAUCACUUUGUGCGGGAAAUUCUCGAAGAAGAGGAGAUACUUCUCUAA